ACAUUAUUUGCAAUGUCCCCUAAGCCAAUGGAUGUUGCACCUGUCAUGCAGGAAGAUGAGACUGUUCCUGAACCAGCUGCUGCACUUGCUGAAACGGUGGAUGCUGUUGCUACUCCUGACACUGAGACAGUUCUACAACCCCCGCAGAACACACUGCCAGAAGCAUCGUUACCUGAGGGCACUAGUGAGGCAGAGCGAGCCUCUGAGGCAGCCGCCACACUGGACGAAGACACUGUCUCUACGGAAACCACCCCAGAAACUAAAUCUAAGCUUCUCGGCGUAGGUGGCAAGUUAAAAGCACUAUUUGCAUUGUCCCCUAAGACAGGUGAUAUUGGACCUGCCUUGCAGAUGGACGAGACCGUUACUGAGACAGCCGUCUCUCCUGUGGAAAUUGUGGAUGUAGCCAGUGCACCUGAUGCAGAGGAAGCUCCAACGCAUUUGGUGACAACUCUGCCAGAAAUGUCUUUACCUCAGGACACUUAUGAGGGGAGCUCUGAGGCAGUCACAACACUGGAUGAAGACACCGUCUCUACAGAAACCACCCCAGAUACUAAAUCUAUGCGUUUUGCCAUAGGUGGCAAAUUAAAAACAUUAUUUGUGAAGUCCAAGUCAGUGGAUAUUGAACCUGCCAUGCAGGUGGAUGAACCUUUUCUAGAAGCAGCUAUCUCUCCUGUGGAAACUGUGGAGGCUAACAGUGCUCCCGAAGACACAGCACCUCCACAGCCUCCUGUGGAUACCCUGCCAGAAGCAUCUUCACCCAAGGAUGGACCGGGGGUCUCUGAUGCAGACACAACUCUGGCCGAGGAAGCUGUCCCUACUGAAACCACCCCAGACACUAAAUCUGAGCGUCUCAGCGUAGGUGGCAAAUUAAAAGCAUUAUUUGCAUUGUCCCCUAAGACAGUGGAUGUUGGACCUGCCUUGCAGAUGGAUGAGGCUGCCACUGAGACAGCCAUCUCUCCAGUGGAAAUUGUGGAUGUAGCCAGUGCGCCUGAUGCCAUGGAAGCCAGUGCUCCCGAUGACAAAGCAGCUGCACUGCCCCCACUGGCUACGCUGCUAGAAGCAUCUUCACCUAAUGACACUUGUGAGGACCAGGAGGCCUCUGAUGCAGCCUCAUCACUGGACGAGGAAACUACUGUCCCUACCGAAACUAAAUCUCCUCAUCCCAGCGUUGGUGUCAAAUUAAAAUCAUUAUUUGUGUGGUCCCCUAAGCCGGCGCAUGUGGGACCCGCCAUGCAGACAGAUGAAACCAUUCCUGAAGAAGCUGCCUCUUCUGUGAAGACACUGGCUGAUGCUAGUGACCCAGAUGUCGAAGCAGCUCUACAGUCACCUGUGGGCAUGCUGCCAGAGACAUCUCCUUGUGAUGACAUCCAUGUGGUACAGGGCUCAACUGAAGCAGUCAUGAAACUGGAUAAGGAACCUCAAACUCAACUUCAAAGUGCCCCUACUGAAUCCGGUACAGACACUAAAUCUAGACGCCCCAACAUGAGCCAGAAGUUAAAAAUAUUAUUUGCAAGGCCCCUUAAGCCUGUGGAUGAGGAACCCACCAUGCAGGCAGAUGACACAGUCCCUUAUGUGUCCACCUCUCCAAGCCAUGCGCUGGACGUCGGCGCUGCUUCUAUUUGUGACACAUCUCCACAACCGCCUAUGCGCACACCUUCUGCAAGCAAUAGGAUGUGGCCUUCCUCUGACACGGCCAUUUUAGGCACCAAAGCUGACGACCUGAGUGGCGUUAAGGACAUGCCACCAGAGGCACCUGUGAAGAAGGACACUAGAAGUACUGCCAAUGCAAAAGCAUUCCACACCAUGUCUGAGGCUGCAUUAGCUUUGAAAAAUGUCACGGACAGAAUGGUCCUUCAAGAGCGCGAUGAUGCCUCAGCAGCAGCAAGUCUGCAUCGGCUGAUGUCGCGGGACGUUCUCCGGCCAUUCACAGAUGACCUGGUAAACAGAGUGUAUGGCUACCUAAGUGCAAUUGGCAGCUCUGCUCCCUGCAUUGAGCCUGUCAGGCUUGUUACUGAAUCAGGGGUCUUGACAGCAGCAACAACAACAACAGCAACAACAACAACAACCGGUGAUCUCAAAAGAGAUCUUGUAGUGAAGCGUGAUUCAGACAUGACACGCGCCUUUGCAGAGGGAUCUGUUAAGGCAAUGGUCAAGCAGCUGUUAGAGAGACUUCUCCCACUGCCUAAAGAUUCGGACACGUCUGGAAACAAUGUGUUGAAUAUGGUUACUUACAUGAUUGCCAAAGAGGCUGUGAAGACAAUCACAUUGGAUCACCUCACUCUGCAAAGGGAAGAGACUGACACUGAGAGUUCAUACACUGACAGCGAAAGCAGUGGAAGUGGCGAGUACAGUGAAGUAACCAGUGCCACCAGCGCCACCUCUGCAGAUGACAGCAGCAGCAGUUCUGAUGAGGAGGAUGACCUUGAAAUGAAAACAGACCACCAGAAUACUCAGAAAAAAACUAUUUUUUCCCUCAUGCGUGUUUUCAAUGCUUUCAAGUCCAGCAGCGUGACUCCAAGUUAAUGAAGAAAUGAUUAAAUUCCCAGAAAAAAAACAUUAAUAAAACACAUUAAGCAAUUUGUUUGACUUUUAAAGGCAGUGGUUAUCAAAGUG